UUCAAUGUUUUGUUCUUGCAUUAGAAGAGGUUAGGGUUCAAUUUCGCGAGUCCUAAAACUUUCCCUCCCCGGAUGGGCAACUAAUCAAUUUACUGCAAAACUGGAAGCAUUUGAUUUCAUACUUGCAACCGUGAUGAGACCUCUUAGCCAAACGAAGCAGUUGUUGGCGGUUACGGUUCAGAGGCAGCAGUUGUGGCACGAGUCUCGAGAUGUGAAGGUCUCAGUGUGGUGGGAUUUCGAGAACUGCCAGGUGCCGGCGGGGAUUGACGUUUCGAAUGUGGCGCCGGCGAUCACGAAGGCUGUGAGAGCGAGUGGUAUUAAGGGCCCUCUCCGAAUCAACGCUUUCGGUGAUAUUCUGCUGCUGUCAAAAUCCAACCGGCAAGCACUUUCUCACACCGGCAUUCAUUUUAUCCACGUUCGAGGUGGAAGAAAGAACAGUGCCGAUAGAUUUAUUCUCAUGAAUCUUAGGGACUGGAUUUCUCAAAAUCCUCCUCCUGCCCAUCUCUUUUUGAUAUCUGCUGAUGGAGACUUUGCUGGAAUGUUACACAGGUUAAGAAUGCAUAAUUACAAUAUAUUACUUGCUAGCACAAGGAAUGCUCCUGAGGUCCUCUGCAGUGCAGCAACAAUAAUAUGGCAAUGGUCUUCGUUAGUAAAGGGGGAACAUUUUUCUGGAAAACAUUUAAGCCAUCCUCCUUAUGGUUUGUUUGGUUCUUGGUAUGGAAAUUACAAUGUGAUUCCUGACAAACCAUUCUCAGAUGUUGAGAAGUCUGCAUCUUCACAAAAAAUAGACAUAUACAAACCUUCCUUAGAUUUGCAAACUGUUCCAAAAGAAGUUAUAACGCAUGUUUGCCAUAUAUUUAGAUCAAAUCCAAACGGAAUCUUAAUUGGAGAUCUUCAUAGACGGUUGAAGGAACGCAAAGUGGAUUUUGGUAAAAAGUUUUAUGGAUAUGGAUCAUUUACUCGCUUUCUAAUAUCAACAAUGCAUGUAAAGCUUGAGCCUUUAGGCUUUGGUAAAUUUCGUGUAUGUCUGAUCCCCUCAAAAUCCCCCAAACCUUUUGAGGGCAAAGAUGUGGAAUCGGUAUCAUCUUGUAUAAAGAUGGAUGAGAAGGGAUCUGUAUCAACUCCAAAGCUAAAUGGUGAGGAUAGAAACAAGGUUAGAGAAGCAAAUUGGAGACCCUUAACUGCCUCAUCCCUUGAAAGGAGUAUGGGUGAUGAUUCAAAAUCAUCAUCACUUUUAUCGGUUGAAAGCCCAGAUACGUUACAGAAAUUUUCAGUGCGUAAUGGGAAUGUUGUUGAUAUGACUACUGAACAACUGUCAGAGAUUCAACCACAACACAGGGACAAUCAACUUUCCAAAACUAAGCCGGAUUCCUUAAAAUUGAGUUCAAGUUCUAAAACAUUAUCUGGUUGUGACACUGUUGGCUCUGAGGAUGCAAUUUUUAGAAUUCAAGAAAAAUACACGACUUCAAGGAAUCACUCUGCUGGAAAUAAUCAGACAGCAAAAUAUGAGAUUGUUUCUGCAAUCUAUGAAUCUGCUAAUGUUAGAGCAAUGAACAAAUACGAGAAUUCAACUAGAAAAGAGGGUGGUGAAGUUUGUCACAGCCCAUAUUCUACAGAAGUUGAUCACUCUCUGCUUGACAAAAUAACUAGUGGAAGUGAUAAAACUAAUAGCAAUGCUCCAACAUUCUUUGUCUGGAUUAGAAACUGGUGGAAAUUUUGGAAAGGGAAUGCAGAAUCGAGUGUUUCAGCUGAUUCUAACCCAUCUGAACUCGUAGAGCAAACUGUUCAGGUUGUGAGUGAUUUUAAAGAACCCAAGUUAUCAGAGCUGGACCAACCUGAGUUGUUUUCUAGCGGUUCCUUUUGGGAUGACAUAGAAACUUUUGUUUUCACGCUCAAAGGAUCAUUUAUUGUUUCCCAGUCGAAAAACAGGGAGGAUAUGGCGUAUAAAUUGCUAAAGGAUGGACCCCCAGUUUUAAGAUCUCUCACUGAAGAAGAUACUCUUCAAUUGGUGGAGUUGUUAAUAUCAGAGAAAAAGUGGUUGGAGGAAAUCCCUUCUCAAAUAUUUCCUUUCAGAGUAAUUAAACUAGUUCAAGAGAACUCAUUGACGGGCCAAUCUCAAGGUGCAAAUGGUUUGAGAUCCCUCUUUCUGAGCAGAUCGUCACAAUCCAAGUUGCAAAAAUCAUCUGAACAUAAGAGUAUUCCUAAAUUCGGAGUUUCUGCAACUGAGACAAAAUAUAAGGAGAUGUCUAUAAAGGAUAUAUUAUAAGAUUGUUAGUAAUUUGUGAGUAAGAUAUUGAGGGAAAACCCAGAUGGAUA